AUGAACGGCUACAACGCGCCAAAAAGGAACAUUCAGCGGAGAAGUGACAAAGCUUGGCAGGACGCAGUUUUGAAAACACGUCUUAACGGGUAUGGAGGGCUAUCAGCGGCAAGCCUAUUCGGAAUUGAAUGUGGACGCACUUGCCCUAGCGUUGUCGAGCAGCUCAGGGGGAUUUUGCUUGGACAACUCUCACCUGGUAGAAACAGUAGAAACAGUCGAGAUAAUCGUGUACUGAAGCUGGGAAAUCUGUGUCUUUUCUUACGUGCCGCUCUGAAUUGCACUGUUCACACGCCAUGCAUUCGCAAGGUACGCAUCUGCAUUGAAAAGGGUGUCAAGCUGGGAUUGGCCGCAAUCCCGGGACGGAGCAAUGCGCAGUUACAGCACAAAUACGCGGACCUGCCUUGGUGGAAUGUGUACAAGACUGUGAGAGCAUCGCAACCCCGGGCCUAUGCGAGACGCGGCAAAAUACUGUAG